GUCUGCCCAAGAUGAGCGAAGCAGCCAAUGACGGAGGAAGAGGCACACUCCAGUCCCGCGCAGACCGCUAAUCGUACUGUCUACUUUGACUCAUUAUCCAUUGUCUAUGGAAGACUUAAGUAUCCGUGACUCGUGAGGUUUCGGGUCAACCGCCCAUGCUUGCGCCUGCUACAAUUACCCGGCGUCUUCCCCCUCUAUUUGCAUAUCAAAGAUCUUGGAUUCAUCUUGCAUUUUCGAUUCUCCUCGAUUUUGCUUAUUUAUCAUUUACUUUUCUCUUCCACCUGACUUUCGCAUACUUCUUGUCAACUUGUGUUGCCCCGCCCCGCCCCUCUUUUCCCUUUACACACUAUAUCCACCCACACACCGCCUCUUCCGCGAUGGCACGGUAUUCUCAGUUUGACUUCUACCAGCAAAAUCCAUCACCAUUAGAUGUUACGCCAUCAGAAGAGGAGGAGAUGAACGUGUUAGACGACAAGAUUUUGGACUCCACCUCUCCCGGACUCGCUGAUCCGCGACGUGCUUCAUACGACGAGGCCUACUCACAUCGGAAUUCAGUCUGGUCCAACUAUUCAGCCGGUUCCGAUCAGUCUCGUUCCAACUCGCAUCUAGGUCAGGCUGUUUUGGAUUCCGGCGUUCCCUUUAUGCCCGUUGACGGGGCCCACUACGCUCAACCAUGGUCUCUAUCCCGGAACGCUUCUGGUUCAUGCACUCCAACUGCCUACGAUCAGUAUCCAUCAGAAGCUGAGAGCAAUUCUGCUCCCUUUCAGGGGGGUGCGGUAGGGCCGGUCGGCUCCAUGUCCAUGGGUGCGGUGUCAUAUCGCGGCGCCAUGGGCUUCCAGCCGCCGGGUGGGGUCGCGAUGUCCCCGCAGUCUAGCCAAGGUUGGAUGCCGGCGCCUAUGGAUCUGUCCGAUGCGAACCCAUCUAAAAGCCUAUAUCGCAAUGGAUCACCGUUGACGAUUCGACGGGAUGGAAUUCGCAAGAAGAACGCUCGCUUUGAAAUCCCUGCCGAACGCACGUUGAGUAACAUCGACCAACUGAUCAAUCAGUCGACCAACGAGGACGAGAUCAAAGAGCUCAAGCAGCAGAAGCGGUUACUGCGUAAUCGUCAGGCGGCACUGGACUCACGUCAACGCAAGAAGCUUCACACCGAGAAGCUGGAGGAAGAGAAGAAGCAAUAUGCUCUUGCGAUGACCCAGAUGGAGGAAGUCGUCCAAAGACUGCAAAAACGAGAGGCAGAUCUGAUGCGUGAGCAGGAAAACUGGAUAGCUCAGCAGCAGCAGGUCACUCAGUACCUGGAAAACUUGCAUAUUGAGAAAGACGAGAUGAUCCGUGUACACACCCUGGAGACGGCCGAUCUUCGAAAGAAGAACAACAUCCUGAUGGAGACCGUCGAGAAGUUGGAGCGUGGGGUCAAGCCUGGCAUGGAAUCCCAUGGCGAGUUCGGCUUUGAGAAUAUGUCGAUGGAUGGCCAUCCAUGGGACGAGUUCUCCAUGCCCAGUGGACUCCCCAUGCAAGACCAGAUGCCUGCAUCGGGUCCAAUUCAACCCCACGCUCUGACCCAGGUAAACGAGAGAGCCGAGAAGCCCUCGAACUCGGAUUAUCCGUUCAGCUGGAAUGCCUUCUAUAUGUGUCUGCUUUUCGGUGCAUUCAUCGCUUCCAACAAUACCUCCCUGCCCGGCCGAAACCUUCCCCAACUGUCGGAAGAGUACCGCGCCGAGUCGGCUAAUGUCCUGAAAGCGGUACUAGCCUCAUCCCCGUCGGAUGCUACUCACUCCACCAACGCAGUGGCCGCCGCUGCUAGCGCUAGUGCCAGUGCAGCCAUGACCGGCAUGGACAUGGCCCAGAUGGGUGGCAUGAGUGGAUCCUCCACGCUAGACGAACUGCACGAUACGCUAGUCAUUCCGACCGAAGAGCAAGAGCGCGCACAGGUCUUUGCCAUGAAUGCGGAUCAGUAUAACUCACUGACAACCUUCGAAGGUGAAGGCAGCUUUAAGCCUCAGCCGCCUUCGGACUUGCAACAGGCACUGGCUGCUAUGCGCCACAAUGUUGCUCAGCAUUCACGGAUGCAUGAUGCCACCUCCAAUGUAUACACUAGGUCGCUGAUGUGGGAGCGAGUCCCACAAAAAGUGAUUCACGAUUUCCGUCGUAUGGUCCAGGAGUUUGGGGCUGCUCCGGUCAAGCAGGAGAUGGGCUUUCAGUCCGCUUGA